AUGUCAUUUCUUCAACGUUCAGUGUCUAGGCUAAUACGUAGUAAUAGUAAUACUCAUAAGACAAUUAAUAGAAGUACAACAAACUUUUAUAGAAAUAGUUUUUUAAGAACUACAACAUCAACUCACAUUCCCUCUAUCUUUUAUUGUCGUAAUUAUGCUACCGAGUCAAGUAAUAAUGCUGGCACAAUUCAAGCUGUGAUUGGUGCUGUUGUUGAUGUGCAGUUCGAGGAGAAAAGUCUACCACCAAUUUUAAAUUCGUUGGAAGUACAAAAACCAGAUGGUAAUCGUCUUGUUCUUGAAGUGGCUCAACAUCUUGGUCAAAAUGUUGUCAGAACAAUAGCUAUGGAUGGUACAGAAGGUCUUGUACGUGGUCAAAAAGUUUUAGACACGGGUUCACCAAUUAAAAUUCCUGUAGGACCUGAAUGUCUAGGACGUAUUAUUAAUGUUAUUGGAGAACCAAUUGAUGAACGAGGUCCAAUUAAAACAAAAAAAACUGCUGCUAUUCAUGCAGAUGCACCAGAAUUUGUAGAUCAAUCGACAGCUCCUGAGAUUCUUGAAACUGGUAUUAAAGUUGUAGACUUGUUGGCUCCUUAUGCUAGAGGUGGAAAAAUUGGAUUGUUUGGUGGUGCCGGUGUAGGUAAAACUGUGUUGAUUCAGGAAUUGAUUAAUAACAUUGCAAAAGCUCAUGGUGGUUAUUCAGUAUUUUGUGGUGUUGGUGAGAGAACACGUGAGGGAAAUGAUUUGUAUCAUGAAAUGAUACAAACUGGUGUAAUUAAACUUGAUGGUGAAUCAAAAGCUGCAUUAGUUUUUGGUCAAAUGAAUGAACCACCAGGAGCUAGAGCUCGUGUUGCAUUAACUGGUGUCACUAUUGCAGAAUAUUUCCGUGAUGAUGAGGGUCAAGAUGUGUUACUUUUUGUUGAUAAUAUUUUCCGAUUCACUCAAGCCGGUUCCGAAGUAUCUGCCUUGUUGGGUCGUAUUCCCUCAGCUGUAGGUUAUCAACCUACUUUAAGAAUUACAACAACAAAGAAAGGAUCUAUUACCUCUGUACAAGCUGUGUAUGUACCUGCUGAUGAUUUAACAGAUCCAGCCCCAGCCACUACUUUCAGUCAUUUGGAUGCAACUACUGUAUUAUCACGUUCCAUUGCCGAAUUAGGUAUUUAUCCAGCCGUGGAUCCACUUGAUUCAAAAUCACGUCUAUUGGAUCCUAGAGUGGUAGGUGAAGAACAUUAUAGGGUGGCCACAGAUGUACAAAAAAUACUCCAAGAUUAUAAAUCUUUACAAGAUAUUAUCGCAAUUUUGGGUAUGGACGAAUUAUCAGAAGAAGAUAAGGCAAGUCAAACUGUUGAACGUGCAAGAAAAAUUCAAAGAUUUUUGAGUCAACCAUUUGCUGUUGCACAAGUUUUUACCGGUUAUGAAGGACGUCUUGUUAAAUUAAAAGAUACCAUUCGCUCAUUCAAAGAAAUUUUGGAAGGAAAAUGCGAUGAUUUACCAGAAGCUGCGUUUUAUAUGGUCGGUGAUAUUGAUGAUGCAAGGAAGAAGGGAGAAGCAUCUGAGAUUUUGGAUUUCGCUGAAUGGGUGGAUGGGAUGGCUGAUAGGUUGCCAGUGGGAACGAAACAAUUGCUUGGAGAAGUUGAAUUAAAUGGAAAUGAUUCAAGUGCUCGUAGAAUUUUACUAACGACAUUCGACUUGUUGGAAGGAUUGAAAGAGAAAUUGUUGGAGUUUGAGACCAUUGCUAGGCGAAAGCGAGUAUAUUGA